AUGGCUUCCGGCGGGCGGCCCGCGCCGGAGACGUCCGCCUCGGAGAUAAGAUCCGUCCGGCGUCCAGGUGAGAGUCCGGACGAAAGUCUGGGCGAAACAGUCCUUCGCUGUCUUCUCCCGCCGCCUCCGUGGAACGUCUCUCUCCCCGAGGCGAUCCGGAGAAGUUUCCCGGAGGCUUGCCUGCGCGGAGCGGUCAGUCUCCCGGAGCCGUCGUGGACCAGACCCACGCGGGGGGCAAUGCGGCCUCGGCCAGCUGCGCGCCCCGCCCCCGGUGCCGCUCUGGGGCCACCGCCCCCGCCGCCCCCAGUUCCCAGCCGGCCUGGGCUGGUGCCGAGCGACUGGGGAGGCGUCCUGGACGAGCGCCAGCUGGACGCCCACCUGACCCAGGCCCAGGGCCGCGAGGCGCGCCUGUGGCUGGGGGGCCGACUCCAGCAGGUGGAGAUUUGCGAAGCUUUCCAGGAAGUCGUGUUGGGGCUCCUGAGAGUUGAGAACAUCUUUGACUUCUCCCAGACCACUUUUAACCUGGCUCUCACUAUCUUCAGCCGCCUCAUAGUUUCAGUAAAGAUAAAAAAGUGUUUACUCCAUUGUGUUACAAUUACUUCCUUGAGACUUGCUGCAAAAGUUAAUGAAGAAGAGGAGUUAAUUCCACGCAUAAAAGACUUCAUAAAGCACUAUGGCUCUGGCUAUUCCCCGAAUGAGCUGCUGAGGAUGGAGCUGGCUAUUUUGGACAAACUUCACUGGGACCUCUACAGUGGGACACCGCUGGACUUCUUGACCAUAGUAAGUACGAGUCUACCCUGGACUCACUGUGCCUUUAGAACAGCUGUUCACAACAUAGGAUGGCAAAGCACACUUCCUUGCAUAUGCAGCACAGUGAGGUGACCCACAAGGCUCACAACAUACGGAAGAGUGAAAUGUUGUCUUAAAUCCAACACAGUUCCACCAGACUCCCACUUCUAAAGGACAUUAAAUUAACUUUACAAAGAUAUUUAGA